AUGGCUAUUAAUACUCAUCAACCUUUGAAUCAUCCUAGUUUAGAUACUAUAUCUGUCUCAAUAUCAUCGUCUCACCCAUCAAUAGAUUCAAUUAAUUCAUCAUGCAUCAUGCAGAAACAUAAACAUCAACUACUAUUACCACAAACUGAGAAAUAUAAUAAUAAUAAUAAUAAUAUUAGUGCUUAUCAACCAGAUAAACAAUUACUACAACAAAAGCAGUCUAAAACUAAAAACUCCCAAAGUGAAUAUCUGCCCAAGCGGAGAACGAAAAUGAAGAAAUCAUUCAGUAUUAACAACAUUAAACAAAUUACUAGUUCAAUAGAUAAUCAUCCCUUGAAUCACAACUAUAAUGAUACUGAUACUGAUACCAACCCAAGCACAAACAGUCACGGAGAGAACAAUUUUGAAGAUUAUCAGGAUGAUAGUAUGGAAUUAGAUGAUGAUUAUGAUUCAGAUGAUUUAUCUUAUACUUCAUGUCUGUCAUCACAAUCUAAUUCAAAUUAUAGUGUUGUUUUUGAAAAAGAUCCUACUACUAUGUCUCCUACAUCUGAUCAAAUACCUUUUUCUUAUCAUUCAUUUAAUAAUGAUUGUUUUCUUUAUACAAAUACCAAAUCAUCUUUAGGUAUAAGUAUUCCAAUGAAUAGAUCUCAUCCAAUGUCAAGCAGUUUACAAUCUCCAAUAUCAUCUCAAUCAUUAUUAUCAAUGUCACCACCACCAAGUGUCUUUUGUCUUCCUUCAACUACUACAUCAUGUUCUCCCAUUACAACAAAUUCAAUAUCACAAUCUUUGGAAAUGGAAAGAUCUCUUCGUCGAUCUUCUUCUAGUGAUUCUUUAUACAUGCUACUUAAAAAUGCAUCAACAUCAUCAUCGACACCCUUCUCCUCCUCAUCACCUUCUACACAGUCAUCCUCGCCAUCACCCACCUCAACAUCUUUAUCACUAUUUUCUAAAAAACAAAGUAUCAAAUCCACGUCCAAAAAAUCCAUUUAUUCAAAUCUAAGUACUUCUUUAAGACUGUUUCGUAAUAAACUUUCUUCAUAUAAUAAAGAAAAUCUCUUGAAAUUCAUUAUGGAUUCUCCCAGAUUAACUGAUGAAAAAUUGCCAUUACAAAAACCAUCUUGUCCAGAAGCAAAAGUUCAGGAAGAAGAAACAGAAGAAACAGAAGAAACAGAAGAAACAGAAGAAACUCCAAUGGAAGAAUUAACUACAUUCCAUCACCAUCAACAUCAUAAUCAUCAUCAUGAAUUGGGUUUAGAAAAAUCUCAAUGCAUCAAAUAUAAAACUCGUGAACUGCGUACCAAUUCACGAUUUUUAAUUUUAUAUGCUUUUGAUAUGAAUGCUAGAUGUAAUUCAAUGACAUUACCCAAUUCACCAACUCAAGAUGAAUUAUACAAAAUUAUUAAACGGCAUCCUAACAUAAAAAAAUUCCAUUAUAAACAUAAUAUUCAUCGUAUAUCUAAUAUGUCAAGAGAAAAAUUAUGGAAUAAUGUCAUUUUACCACCACGUCAAGAUGAUAGUCCCGAAUUAUUUAUAAAAAGUGACCCAUAUAUUAUAUACAACGACCAUAACGAGUUGGAUAAUGGCUUGGAUGGCCAUUAUUCUAUUGUUAGAAAACUGGGGAAAUAUAUGCCAUGGGCUUUAAAACCAAGUAUAAAACCUGCAGGAGUUUUACCUAAUAGUAAAUGGGUUUUCAAUGGUCAGGCACCAAAUAGUGGAAUCACAAAAACUCAAUUUACUGUUAAAGGUUGGUGUAAUCCUAGAUGGGUUGAUCAUACCCCAACAAAUUAA